AUGUGGCGGUCUGGCUCGGACGCUGCUCCCGAACGAUAUCUGCGUGCAAAUCUGACCACCGUUCCUGCACGACAAUUCAUCGAGCUUCGAGCUUCUCUGGACAGGACCCCACCUCAUGCCUGCCGAUGUUGCCGGCUCGUUCGAAGUGACGUAUACAGUACCAUCGUUCACUGUUCGAUGAGGUGUCGAUGCGCCGACCGCAUGGCCACGCGUUCCUGUCGACUGCCAAGCAUCGCUCGACGUGCCGUUGCUGCAGCGUUCGGCUCGAAUCUGCAGCUAGAGAUCUUGUCCCAUCGCCGAUGUCAAACUAGUGUCGUGCUGUCACGAUCUGAGAUCAGGUUGUCGAUCUUACAUUCCUCUGCUUUUUCGGCUGCUCAUGCACGGUUGCGCGAAUAA